AUGUGUGUGGACUAUACAGAUCUAAACAAGGCUUGCCCAAAAGACAGCUUCCCUCUACCUAAGAUAGACCGGUUGGUAGAUUCAACGGCUGGCCAUGCUUUGAUGUCUUUCAUGGACGCAUACUCAGGCUUUCACCAAAUUCCUUUGUGGCCAGACGAUCAGGAAAAGAUGUCAUUUGUUACUGAGCAAGGCCUAUACUGUUAUAAAGUGAUUGCGUUCGGGUUAAAGAAUGCUCCAGCCACAUUUCAACGUCUAGUCAACACUGUCUUCUCUUGUCAGUUAGGACGGAACAUCGAAGCUUACAUUGAUGAUAUGAUAGUAAAAAGCAAGCAACGCGAAGAACACUUGGCUGACUUAAGAGAAACUUUUGAGACGCUCCGAAAAUAUCAGAUGAGGUUGAAUCCAAAGAAGUGUGUUUUUGGGGUAACGGCUGGGAAGUUCUUGGGAUUCCUUAUUGAUGAAAGAGGAAUCGAGGCCAAUCCUGAUAAAGUACAGGAGUUGGCCAUUUCCGAUUGGUCCUUGAGUGCUGUCUCGUUAACUGAAAGGGAGGGAGUGCAACUCCCCGUCUAUUUUGUGAGCCAUGUCCUGCAAAACGCUGAAUUAAGAUAUUCUCCAAUCGAGAAGUUCGCAGUUGUGCUGUUUAUGGCCAGCAAGAAGUUGCACCCUUAUUUUCUGGCACACAAACUAGUGGUAUACACAGACCAGCCUUUGAAACAACCUCUUACUAAGCUAGACGCUGCUGGACGAAUGCUGAAAUGGGCAAUUGAGCUGAAUGCAUUUGAUGUCUCAUAUGAGCCUCUAAAAGCUAGCAAGGGACAAGCAUUUGCUGAUUUCAUUGCAGAAAUGACGAGGCUGAAUUUUGAAAAGAAUGUGGCGACUCGCUGGACAGUCUAUGUAGAUGGCUCGUCAACCCAGAACGGGUGUGGAGCCGGCAUAAUAUGUCAGUCUCCUGAAGGAGACAAGUAUGAGUAUGCCAUGAGAUUCAAUUUCCAAACAUCCAACAAUGAGGCAGAAUAUGAAGCUUUAUUAGCCGGCAUAAAAAUGUGCAAAGCCGCUGGAGCUCAAGAGAUACUUGCCUUCUCCGACUCUCAGCUCAUUGUGAGCCAAGUAAAUGGGGACUAUGAGGCAAGGGACCCUAACAUGAUCAAAUAUAUGCAAGCUGUGCAUCAAGAAAUAGAACAUCUAAAGAGCUUCGAAGCUAAGAAGAUUCCAAGAACGGAGAACAAUCAGGCCGAUGCCCUGUCAAAACUAGCUAGCUCGGCUUUUCCUGUGAUACACCGCGUCACGUGUUUUGGGAAGUAA